GUAAAAAUGUCAACGGAACAAAUAAUACAAAAUGACAGUGACUUACCUCCUCCAUACUAUCAGAUAAAUCACGAAUGUAUUCGUCGUUACAAACGUAGAACUCAUUGUGCUUACUUCACAUUAAUUAUAUCAGGCAUUGUAAUGAUGCUAUUCGGUGCCCUUAUUCUCGUGAUUUUGAUACCACAAGAAAUCAAUUUAUAUCGAUGGAAUAUAAAAGGACCAUUAUCAAGAUUUUUUAAUCACGACAAAACUGUUUUACUAAUUAGUAUGGAUGGAUUUCGUCAUGAUUAUAUAGAAUUGACUAAAACUCAUCUGGGCUCUAAUGCAUUACCGAAUUUCGAUCGUCUAAUAUCGGAAGGUGUACGAGCUAUGGAAUCGAUCAAUGUUUAUCCUACAAUUACUCUACCUAAUCAUCGUACAUUAAUUACCGGUUUGUAUCCUGAAAAUCAUGGAGUUGUUGGGAAUAGUCUACUGGAUAAGAAAUGGCCAAAUAAAAUUUUCAGUAUAUAUGAUCAGGAAAGCCUAAAUCAUGCUCCGUGGUUAACUGAUUGGCCUGAACCUAUAUGGGUUACAUUGCAAAAAAAUGGUGGCUACGCUGGUUCACUUUUAUGGCCUUUAACUGAUCAGUUUGUUAGCGAUGAUUUACCAUUUCAACGAGUUUCACAAUAUGCUUUACUUAAUGACUAUGAACACCGUUAUGCGUAUGACCAACGAAUCAGAGAUAUACUAUGGUGGUUGAAAAAUCCUAGAUAUCAUUUAAAUUUAAUUUUAGCUUAUUUUGAAGAACCUGAUGAAACUGGUCAUUCAUACGGUCCAAAUAGUAAACAUGUUGCAAAAGUUGUUCAAACCUUAGAUAAAACACUUGGUCAUCUAUUAGACGGUAUCAAAAAACGUGGUCUUUCUGAUAAAGUAGAUAUUAUUCUAACUGCUGAUCAUGGUAUGUCUGAAACAUCAAAUACUCGUCUUAUUCCGUUGGACAAAUAUAUUGAUAAUUCUUUGUAUAAUUAUACUCAAUUAUCAACUAUGGGAUUCCUUUAUCCUGCACCUGGGAAAUUUGAAGAAGUGUACAAACGUCUAAAAAAUGCGCAUCCAAAAUUAGAUGUGUAUCGAAGAGAUGAAGUUCCUACCUAUCUGAAUUUCAAUAUAACCAACUCUCGUAUGCCUCCAUUGAUACUUAUUGCUAAGCCAAGUUGGAAAAUUGUAAAGAACACUUCACAUCCUUACGCCAAUGUUUCUGGUGAUCAUGGUUAUGCAACAGAUUUCUCUGAAAUGCAUCCAUUCUUCAUUGCAAGUGGUCCUUCUUUCAAGAUUGCUGAAAGCGUUCCUACUGUCCAUGCUGUAGACGUUUAUCCACUAAUGUGUGCAUUAUUAAAUAUUCAACCAAAUCUAAACAAUGGCAGCCUACAACGUAUUUCAAACAUACUGAAACCUGAUGUUGCCAAUCGCCUUUUGAAUUUGAAUAGUUGGUCAUAUUUAUGGAAAUGGAUCAUAUUUGAUUUGAGAUUUAUUUUAUUUAUUUCAAUUAUAUGCGUUUCAUUUAUGAUUUUACUGUGUUCAAUUGUAGUUGUGAUGAAUCGUAAAGAAACCAAUGAACCAUUCAUUCGUCUACCUAUUGAUAAUGAUAAAGAGUUUUCAGAUUAUAAUACAUGAAGGUAUUUAGUAACUAUAAUUCUUGCUCAACCUCAUCAAUUUAUUUCUAUUAUUGAUUAUUAAUAAUAACACAAACUCUAUCAUGAUUUUCAUUCGAUGAAUCUACAGAAACAAAAGUUUUUUUAUCGUUCUCUAAAGCAAUAUCUAUCAACUCGAUCCCUUCAAUAUACAUAUAUACUUAAUUAGGAGUAUUUUU